GAGAUUUAAAUGUAUUUCCUAGCGCUUGUAUUUGGUUAAUAUAUGUAGGAUUAAAAAUGCAUUUUAUGAGGUACAUCACGAGCCAAUCAAAUAACAGCAUUCCGGUCGGUGCAACAGACAUGCACAAUUGCUUUGGUCAGGUGAGGCACAUGCGAGGACUGGUAUCGCGUGGAUUUGCCGCCGUCGGUAGAGGCGGAAGGUGCCAUCGAUCGACGGGCUUUAAACGAGCCUUCUCGACGUCGUUCUCAUGGCAAGACUCGCCUUUGGUGGACCGAUCCAUGUGCAAAGAUGCCGCGUUGGUCUGGAACGACCUCCAAGUCAUGCAAGACGUGUUGACACUUGACGAAGAACGUUUGCUUGCCGACGAAGCCGCCGCCCUCCUGCGGCGGAGACGAUACGAAGUGAACCAUUGGGACCAAGUGAUCGUCAACUUUAAGGAAAUGGAGACCGUGAAAUGGAGUCAAGAGGCUGCCGACAUUCUCGCUCGCGUGCGCACCCUGCCGAUCCUGCCGCAGGACUUGGAGUACUUUCCUCCCGUACACGUGAUUGACUUGGCGGAAGCAGGAUACAUCAAGCCCCACGUGGACUCCAUCAAGGUACAAUGCUCAAGAUGCAUCAUUGCUGACGACCCCGACGUAGUUUUCCGGUCAAGUUGUGGCCGGACUCAAUUUGCUCUCCCCCGCCGUCAUGCGCUUCGAAGAAGAGCACGGGGACAACCGCAUCGACCUUCUCUUGCCCCGCCGGUCGUUCUAUUGCAUGCGGUACAUUCAACCAUCAUGACUUCGUCCGUCACGACAAGGGGCUUCCAUAGUGGCGGCGUUCGCUAUCGAUACACACAUGAGAUCCUUCCAGGUGUCCAGCACUUCCAAGGCCAGCCGGUCGAGCGCACCCGCCGCAUCUCGAUUAUGAUUCGAGACGUGUUUGUUGAUCUGUAACUGUCGUGGGAGUCCUAUUUAGGACUAAAUUUGGUUUAAAAACAGGAUUGUUGCUAUUUUCAUUUAUUAUUUCACUAAAAAAGCUUUCAUUUAUUUCG